AGCAUAAAAUGGUUACAAGGUCGAUCUUUUGUUUCGAGCCGAGCCGCAGUGAAGAAAAGAUAGCUUAUCUUGUUUCGAAGAUUAGUCAAACUAGUUGCAUGAAAUCAUUACAGAUUUCGUAUCUAAUUGGAACAUUUCUGGGAAUGGUAGCAUGUGCUUGGAUAUACAUAGGACAAGGACCUCAUUACUGUACCCAGGAAAUAUAUGGAGUGGCGGUGCUACUUGGAGCUGCUUCAUCCAUCAUAGUUAUUUGUUCACUGUCCUUUGUUCCUGAUCUAGUAGGGACAAAUGUGGAAAGUGGGGCCUUGGUGUACGGAUUUAUUAGUUUUUCCGACAAACUUGCUAAUGGAGUGGGCAUUUUAUUUGUACAACACCUGCAUUCACUGAAAUGUAUUAACUGCAGUUGGUUCUACAAAAAUACACUUUGUUAUGGUGUUGGAGGAAUUACUGUUUUCAGUGCUAUAUUCCUGCUAACGAUGAUUCCCAUGCAGUUGAAAACAAAGCCAAAACAAGAGGCCUUUCCUAUAGCCUAUAAUGACAACACCGACAAACCCUAUGGACAUGAGAACAAAAGUGAAAAGGAUCCACUACUUCUAUCCUGUGAAGAAUGUAAAGUUUAACUUUCAACUUCACUGGAAUUGAUAAACUGACAUUAUUCUUGGUUGUGUAGUUUAUCAUUUACAAAUUUGUUUUAGUAAACAAAUUACAGCUGUCAUUCUUACUAAUUCAAAUAUUUACUGGUGAACAUGUUUCUACAUCAACUUUCAUGACAAUAAAAUGACGGUAAGAUAAUCACAGAUG